UCAUAAAUGGUUUAUUGUGUCGCUGAUAAGACCAUGUCUAUUGUGGACUUGCCUUCAAAUACCUCUUAUGCAACACCAUACAUAUAUUCAGAUCCUGGUUUUGGGAAAAGAAUCUGGAUCUAAGAAAACUGAAGAUCUUCCAACUCUCCGGUGUGAGUAGACAUGGCUGCCACCCAGAACAAGGCCCUGCUGCGGUACUUCUCCAAGCUGGGAGGAUCACGAGAACCCGAGCUGCUGCCUGAUGUGCCUGACAUAGAUGAGCUGAUUUCUGCAGGAGCUGACAUCAACUGCAGAGACAAGUACGGACAGACCACCUUACACGAGGUAGCCCGUCAAUGGGAUGUAGACGUUGCAAAGUAUUUAUUGAAACUUGGAGCUGCAGUAGACAUGGCUGACAAGUAUGGCCGCACUCCUCUACAUGUUGCUGCAGCUAGUGACUACCCUCAGAUGAUCAAGCUGCUCAUUGACAGUGGAGCUGAUAAAGAGGCUAGAUCUAAGGAACAGCUUCAAACUCCUGUUCAUUUUGCUGCCCGGAAUGAUGCUUGCAAAUCCCUGGUCAUGCUCAUCAAACUUGGGUGUCAGUAUGAUGAUGUGAAGGACUACAAGGGCAGGACACCACUACAGCUGGCCGCCGAGCUGGAUCGAAGUCAUGCUGCCAGGUACCUGCUGGAGAAGAAGGCCUCUGCUGCUGCCAAGGACCACGAUGAACAGAAAACUAUAACAUGGAUGAUAGCCAAGAUGCCUCAAGUGGCUCAUGAAGCACUUGCACAGUUCCGACAGAUUGACAGCCAGAACAGGAAACAGCAUCAUCUGCUGCAACAUUUGGUGCCUGGCAAAAACAGGAAUACGCAUAGUCACUCACCUUUGCAAGUGGCGGUUUUGUACAAUCAGUUUCAUGUAGUCAAUCACCCCUGUAUGACACGUCUGCUCCAGGUGAUGUGGGACAGAUUUGGUCUAUUUGGUGCAUGCCUGAACCUCCUCCUCAACCUUGUGUACAUCCUGCUGUGGACUGUGCAGGGAGUCCUGAUAGAGUACGACCAGAGACACAUCUACACCUUGCCCCAGGACUGGUGGAGGAUUGCCCUCUUUGUAGUUGCUGUUGGCUUCACGGGGUGGCUGGUUGUGGAGGAGAUUCAGGAGUUCUACAGGUCAAGGAAAGCAAACAAGGAGUGGGUGGCGUCGAGGACACAGCAGAUAAAGAAGGACAUGAAGUUCUGUCAUCCAAGAUGGCCGGAGGAGGCAGAGUUCCUCAACCGGGAACUCCAGGAUCUGAACAGUCUCCAGUUGAAAUACUUCCAGGAUAAGUGGAACUACUUUGACUGGGUGUGCUACUUGCUGCUGAGUGUGUGUGUGGUCACCCACCUCGUGGACGUGGUGCAGCACUCGGAACUGCUGGCUCGAUGGCACAUCCGCAUCAUGUGCGUCACCAUCAUCCUCCUCUGGCUGCGACUCAUGAAGUGUGCUCGGGCUUUUACAGUUGUCGGUCCUUUCAUUGUGAUGCUGGGGCACAUGAUGACCGACCUCCUCCGAUUCCUCUUCCUCUUCCUGGAGUUCUACAUACCAUACGUGUGUGCCUUCUGGAUGAUCUAUGGUAGAGAUAAGGUGGAGGAGAAUGGCGAGGAGCUGGUCGAGGUGGAUGGGUUCAAGCAUCCCGGUGAAGUCUUCUUCAGCCUUUUCCAGCUCACAUUGGUGGAUGAGUACGACCUCGAGCACAUGCUGCAGGUGGAUUCCGUGAUGACGUACCUGCUGCUCACUACCUGGUUCUUCUUCUCAGCCAUACUCUGCCUCAACCUCUUCAUCGCCCUCUUGACCAACACCUUCCAGAUUGUUUAUGACAAUGCCAAGGCCAAUGCACUGAUGCAGAAGGCAAUAACCGUCCUCCACAUAUGGGAGGCGAUGUCCGAGAGACGACAGAACAAGUUUCUACAGCACAUUGCCCAAAAGUGCUCUCCCUUGAUUGAAUAUUAUGAUGAUGAUGUGACUGGAAAGAAUGAUGACCUCAAGAAGGUCACCAUGCAUAUAAAGGGUCAGAUGGACUUUCUACAGGAACGCUGGAAGGAAAGGUUCGGUGAUUCAGAAACUAUGGACGUGGAACAAGACCAGUCUCUGCAGGUCAACAGUCAGGUGCUGAGCAACAUGGUGUUCCACAGGGAGAUAUACCGUCUCCAGCUGACAUUACAGGACAUUCAGCACAAACAGCAGGCCAUGAUAGCAUCUCACAACCACGACAUGAAGACCAUCCUUGGGCAACUUGAGGGCCUUGUACAUCGGAACAGACCUUCUCCACCGGGAGAUGGCACUGAUGGUAACGUUGGCACAGAGGCUGAUACUGCUCAUACAAGUCCUCAGAAUGGUGAUGACUCCAACUCUCCAAGAAAGAAAAAGAGGAAGAAAAGAAACCACAAGUCUAUCGGUAUCCUGAGCCAUGAGGUGGAGGAAGAGCCUCACGUUCAGGACCGAGGGUCGGUGCCGGGUUUGACACGGAGCGGCACCUUCAGUAAACUGAGGAAGAGAGUGACAGUUAAUCUCAACACCAAUCUACUUGAUCUCACAGACUAGCAUCAUGCACAGAACUGAAGUACAAGUGGGAGACAACAUUUGCUACUGAUUGCGUCAGACAAAUUUAUCUCGUUUUCUGGGGAACAUAGUAUACAUGUCUCUUUUAUCUAGGGUAUCAUAUCAAGUUCCAUAAAUACCCUCGGCCCAGAGAUAAAACGUUGUCAAGGGAAACUAACUGUUCUUUCAUGGUUGAACCAAGCGUUGAUAUCACCAGUCAGUGACUAUGAUGUUGCAUACCGUCCCAAAUACAACUGGGAACACCUCAUAGGAUAAAGACUUACCUCCCCUUAUCUUAACACUCGGGAAAACGUCUAGAUUUUGAUGGAUGCAUGUACGAGACCACAAUUCUAAAAUUAGAUCUAUGCCAAACUCUUGUUCAAAAGAGUGAUUUUGAUUGGCUGUUGAUGAGUGGGAGAGAUUCUGUGCUAUUUGGUGAGGGUAUUUAGUAUAACAAUGUAUACGGAGAUUAUUCCCUGAAUAAAUGAGGAUGAUUCAGUUCUAUCCUGGUAUCUUUUCAGGUAGUCUUUGAAGAUAAUAUUUAACCAUCUUAAUGUUAUUUCUGCCAUAGCUUUUCCAUGAUCUUUUCUUAAACUAUGGCUUCACUGUAUUUACCUGGGAAUUACCUAACUCAGUUGUCACAGUAAACUGAACAAAGUCAGAACUGUUGUUUCUAUCAUGAAAAAUGUGUAACGUGAGCAGGAUUGAAAGUAUAAAAUAUUGUCCAAAAGUUGCCAAAUGUAGUCUCUGUGCCUUGAACGGUUUCAUUUUGUUCAAAGCUGGAAUUUAAAAAUUUCUUCUUAUAUUCAGAGGCAUUUUAAAUUGCAUUGUAACAAUGUACUGGUAUUUAAUACAAUCAUGUAAAAUUAAAUAUCAUUUUCGGUUCUGUUAUCAGUAAAAUACAAGUCACCUGUACCAAGCAUUACUGUAGUUACAUGAAAUGAGAACCUUUAAUUCCCAUUUGGGAAUUUUUACUGACUAUUGCUGCAGACUUUGGGCCGAAUAUCAGCCUCUGGGCAGGUCUAGAUAAAUCCCUGAUAACCUCUGUAUUCAAUUACUGCAAGGUAUAUUAACGAUCUGGUACCUGCAUAAUGUGGCAAGGUAACAUAGGUUGAUCUUUCUAUGGGACACUAACAGGCGUGAUGAUAUAAGGGAUUUGGUUUUUGUUCCAAAAUCUAGAAAGGAUAUGUGAAAUAACUGUGAUCUUAACAGUUUGUUCACUUAUUUA